AUUCAACGUAGAUCGGAUGUCAAAACAUUCAAGAAGAUCAAAUUCAAUGUUUACUCUUUAGAAUUUGAAAGGAAUAAACAAACCAAGAAUUGGUAUAGAUAGUUAAUUAAGUGAUGUGUUGGAAAAGCAAUGUUGAUUUUGUUUUUCAUUAUUUGAGAAAAUCCCAUAAAUAAGAAUAUAUGCAAUGUAUGCUCACAUUGUUCUAAUAUUGGCUAGUGAAAUCAAUUAAGGAUCAUAUAGGAUUGAAAAAAUUGAAAUUCAAUUGUAAACUUACACUUAUUUUGUAGAAUAAGGAAGAAACAUAGUUCCAAUAUCAUUAAACAAUACAGAAUUAUGAGUACAUUCAAUUAUAAUGUCAUAAAUUUAACGCAAUGUUAAAUUCAAAUCAAUCUCCAAGAUAACAAGGUUUCAUUUUAGAAAUUUUUGAUUAUCAAAUAAAUUCAAACAUCAAUGCUUAUAGCUUUCAGUUACAAAAAUCCUUAAUCUAUAAAUCUAAAAGAAGGGAGUUAAUCCAUUAAUGAAUUAUAUU